AUGGACAAAUCACAUCCAAUGAAUUCCCUUAUGAUCGUUCGAUCUUUGAAUGUGAAAGAUGAUCCAUUCAGACCUCGAGAAGAAAAUGAAGAAAUUCUUGGUCCUGAAGUACCAUAUCUAAGUGUAAUUGGCGCUUUAAUGUAUUUAGCUAACAAUACUAGAACCGAUAUUGCUUUUUAUGUGAACUUCUUAGCCAGGUAUAGCAAUUCGCCAACAAAGAGACAUUGGAAUGGAAUAAGGCAUUUAUUCCGGUAUCUACGAGGAAAACCAGAUCUUGGUCUACUCUAUCAGUCAAGAAAAGAUGCCACCCUCAUUGGAUAUGCAGGUGCUGGAUACUUAUCAGAUCCACAGAAGGCCAAGUCACAAACUAGAUAUCUGUUCACUUAUGGAGGGUGUCGAAGUCCUGAAAUCAACGAAACAAACAUUGACCGCUACAUCAUCAAACCAUGCGGAAUUGAUUGCUCUUUAUGA